AUGACGAAUGCAAUCCUGCUUCAUACCAACGAAGAAGGCCUGCGUCAGCGCGGGAUUGCCUGGAAAGACCUAGUCGCUAUGAAAGUCUCUUCAGCCAUCGGCUUACUGCUCUUCCUCGGACUGACCAAGUCCGGACGUGAAAAUGUACGUUCCAUCUGGAGGAAAGGUCCCUGUGCCCGAAACAUCUGCCUUGCCACAAUGUCCGGCACGAGAUUCCAAGACAUACUCGUCAUGCUCAGAUUCGACGACAAGACGACCAGAAAUCGACAAAACGACAAGUUUGCACCAAUCCGUGACAUUUUCGACCAGUUUGCCGCUUCUUGCCGUCGAUACUACAGCGCUGGCGAAAACGUCCCUGUUGAUAAACAACUUGUGCCAUUUCGUGGACGAUGUCCAUUUUUGCAAUACAUGCCAAGCAAACCAGCGAAAUACGGCAUAAAGUUUUGGCUGUGUGUGGACGUCGACACCCACUACACACUAAAUAUAUUCCUGUACCUUGGGAAACAAAGGGAUCAAACGACUGACAACCGUGGCGCCGAAGUAGUGAAGAAACUGAUGGAGCCCUUGUACAACACGGGUAGAAAUGUCACGUGUGAUAAUUACUUCACAAGAUCGAGACUAGCCAUCGAACUGUUACAGAAAGGCUUAACUCUGGUUGGAACGAUCAAGCCCAACCGCUGGGAAGUACCUCAGGAAAUCUGCCCCAAUCGCGUCAAGAAAAGGGAUGCCAAGUCAUCGGUGUUUCUUUUCAAUGGUGACUUGACUCUUGUGUCUUAUAUCCCCAAGCCGAAGAGGAGCGUCAUACUUCUCUCCUCUAUGCAUCAUGACAAGAGUGUUGAUGGAAUAAAUCAGAAACCCGAAAUCAUCAAUUUCUACAAUAAAACCAAGGGUGGGGUAGACACCCUAGACCAAAUGGUGAGUUUGUAUUCGGUGCUGAGAACAACAAAGAGAUGGCCACUGACUGUGUUCUACAAUAUGAUAAAUAUCGUGGCACUAAACGCCUACAUAUUGUACUGCCAACUGAACCUGGACUGGGCCCGGCGACACACCAGACGAGAUUUCUAUGAAGAGCUCAUCAUGGCACUUGUCCGGCCACAAAUUGAGCUGCGGGCGGCCAACCCCGUAGGACUGCACACACACACUGUCAGUGCCAUUGGAAUUCUUGGCUUCAAUGUCGUGAGGCAGAGAGAAUUAGAACGACAGCAUCAUCUAAAUGCUCCAUUGAGAAGAGACUGCUACCUGUGCCCCUCUCGCAGUCAGGGGGACCACGCCCCCAGAACAGACUUUUCCCCAACGUACAAUACUUGGAAGCCUUCCUAG